AUGGCCCUCGACAUUGAAGAGACACUAGACAAUGCGGAACACAAAGUCAGGCUGCACCUCGAGUUGAACAAGGACUCAAUCUCCAAAGCCGUUGACACGUACAUCGGAUAUAGGGUAGAUCAAUUGGCACAGGAUAAGAAGUACAACAAGGAAACAAAGGAUACUGUCAAGAUCCACUUGGCUUCUAAUGCCGAUGGCACCUUUCUCUGGGUGGCCUUGGUCUGUCAAGAGCUCGCCGAUCCCAAGGUCCGAAAACGGCACACGCUUGCCAAGUUGAAAUCGUUCCCACCAGGACUUGAUCCUCUCUACAAGAGAAUGAUGGAAAAAAUCUCCACGUCGAAUGAUGCAAACCUUUGCAAGGAGAUCCUAGCUAUUGCUUCGGUCGUAUACCGACCUAUUACCUUGGAGGAAUUGAAGGUUCUUGUUGAGUCGCUCGAGGACCUCGACCAAGACGACUUAGAAGAAAUCAUCAAAUCCUGCGGUUCUUUCCUAACUCUUCGAGAAGGUGUCAUCUACUUUGUGCAUCAAUCAGCCAAAGAUUUCCUGCUUAAGAAGGCACACAACUAUCAAGAAAGGAAAGAGGAGAGUUCAGAAAGUAAAUGGUGA